AGCUUUAAUUUAAAUUACUUUAACAUUACAACUGCCUUGUAACAUUAAUCAAAAUUGGAAUAAAUUUCCACAAUAAUAUAAUAAUCCAUAAAAUCAUACCCAUGAGAAGCAUUGAUAAUAAAGCUCGUUGGCAUAGCCAACCUGUGGCGUGCACCUGGACGUUUCAUUCAUAAACUCUGCUCCGAGGAGACGCCUGCGCGUAGGACUUCGCACCCCAAAGCCCCGCACCCACGUCCAACAGCCACACUUAAUUUCGGCUUUGCGCCAAAAUUAAAUCACAGCUGCCUCAGUACCUUUUCACACGUUCCAUUGGCAGGACGCGUACUUUUUCUCUCCAAAUGAUUUUUUCAUUCUAAAAAAUAUAAAUUUAAAAACUUGUAAAUAAAAUUAGUAAUGUUUAGCGAAGCGAAAACUAAUGUGUUCCACAUUUUACUGUGGUUUUUUUGCUUUGUAAGCUGUGGUCUUGGGUCUCCGGAGGGGGAUCCCCCACGGGAAGUGCUCCUAGUUAUCGCCUGCCCACCGCUUCCGCGUCAUGCUCAGGCCCAGUGUUUCACUUUAUUAGAAAACAUACAAGUCCAGUAUCUGCACAUGGAAGAGGCUGGGACAGUCCCAGGGGAUUAUGUCCUUAAUGUGCAUGUGUUGCACGAGCUUUUCAAUUACUGGACACUGCUGGACGCACUGCCUCAUUUGGGAGGCGAGACACGUCUUCUAAAGGCGCACACGGAAUGGAUUAUAUGGUGUCAAUACAACACACAAGUGGCUUCCCUGCGCGGCCUGCUCGAGCAGCUUCGUCACCAAAACCCAGUGGAGCAUGCUUAUUACGGACAUGCCCUGUAUGAUACGGAGGCCACCAUUGUACAUCACUUUGCACAUUAUAAGAAUCCACAGUGGUUUCCUUAUCCAAUGCUGAGAGCCGGAAUUAUCUUCACAGGUGUCUUGCUAAGAAGGCUUGUGGAGCUUGUUGCCCCUAAUGCCCAUAACAGCAGCCGACCCAGCGAGUUCUCCAUCGAUGCCUCUCAUGAGCUGGCGCGCUUUUUAUUCGACAACUUAUCGCAGGACCCGGCACACAGCAGAGCCAUGUCUGGGAAAAUCAUUCUGAAAAAUGCCGCCUACAUUUGUCCCAUCGCUGGGGCGAGGAAAUCCCCGGAGAUUGUGACCGGAGCGACUCCUCCAUGUGCAAUGCAUGCAACAUCAGAGGAGCCAUCUGGCUGGCUGCCCUCGACUCUGGGGCAUCGAAAGGAGCCCUGUUUCCACACAACCGGAUCGCACAUAUAUUUCGCAAUCAAAACCUGUGCGAAAUUCCAUAAGGAACGCAUUCCGAUAGUCGAACGCACCUGGGCAGGCGACGCCCGAUACCGGAGAUACUACAGCGACGUGGCAGACGUCAGCAUACCGACAAUCAGCACUGGCAUACCGAACGUGCAGACUGGACAUUGUGCCAAAACAAUGGCAAUUUUACAAUUAUCCCUCAAGGAUAUUGGCGAGCAAAUGGACAUACGCUGGCUCAUGCUCGUAGACGAUGAUACGCUGCUGAGUGUGCCCCGGCUAAGUGAGCUGCUGAGUUACCACGACCACAGGGAGCUUAUGUAUCUGGGACAGCGCUACGGUUACCGCCUGCACGCCCCGGAUGGCUUCAACUACCACACGGGAGGCGCCGGCAUCCUGCUCAGCCUGCCUCUGGUGCGCCUCGUCGUGGAGCGCUGUAGUUGUCCGAGUGACAAUGCUCCGGACGACAUGAUCCUGGGCUACUGCCUGCAGGCGCUGGGCGUGGCGGCGGUACCAGUGGCCGGAAUGCAUCAGGCUCGGCCGCAGGACUAUGCGCGAGAACUUCUGCAGCUGCAGCCGCCAGUGUCCUUUCAUAAAUUCUGGAACAUGGAGCCGGAGCUGACCUACCGACAAUGGCUACGCGGUGGCAGUAGUAGUGCUGGCAAUCGAAGUGCUCCGCUUGGGGAGGCCAAGCCACGGCUUCAUCACGACGACGCUGCUCAACUGCAUCUGCGACGACGGCCCCCACUGCCCGGAGGCGGCGGAGUAUAUCCUCUGGAUUCGCAUGACAAGCAUUUGGAUCUCUAG